AUGUCGUCUGGAAAUGACUGUCAAUCCCUGGCCUUAACCAAACCUGCACUUGGUGAAAAAGAAGUGACUGAAUUGAUUGACAGGGUGUUUGGAUUAAAAGUAUCUUGGAUAAGGCCACUUCCCAGCUACAAUGAUCAGAAUUUCCAUGUGGGUGUCUCAGGAAGCCGAGGUGUGUCUGAAAGUGAUGAUGAGUAUGUCCUCAAAAUCACCAAUUCGGAAGACAGCCAGGAGCCUGACCUCAUUGAAGUGCAGACCCAGGCCAUGAUGUUUCUCAGCAAUGAAGGCUUUCCUUCAGCUACUCCUUAUCUUACAAAAGAUGGGAACACAAUGUCUCUGGAAUCUGGAGGUGCUGGACCUGGAAACAAAAAGUAUAUGGUUCGACUGCUAACUUACCUGCCAGGUACACCUGUAGCAAAAAUUGCUACAAAUGCUCAGAUCUUCUAUGAGAUUGGUCAGCUGGCUGCCAGGUUGGAUAAAGCACUCUCAGAGAAAUUCUAUCACCCAUCAGUAAAAAGUCUGCAUCGAGAUCAGUUUAUUUGGAAUCUGGCAAAUGUUCCUCUUUUAGAUCAGUAUAUUUAUGCCUUGGGCCAGAAUAAACAUCGCAAAGUUGUUGAAGAAGUUAUUGAGCAGUUUAAAGGGAGAGUGAUACCCAAGCUAAGCAGUUUUCGACCCUGUAUCAAUCACGGAGAUCUUAAUGACCACAACAUUCUAGUAGAUUUAAGUUCUGCUUCUCUGGAGAAUCUUCAAUACAAAGUGUCAGGCAUACUGGAUUUUAGCGACAUGAGUUAUGGCUAUUAUGUAUUUGAAAUCGCAAUUGCUAUCAUGUACAUGAUGAUUGAGAGCCCAGACCCUCUGCCUGUUGGGGGACAUGUUCUGGCAGGAUUUGAAAGUGUCCUGCCACUCACAGAGGAGGAGAGAGGUGCUCUCUUCCUCCUGGUGUGUGGGAGGUUUUCUCAGUCCCUGGUCAUUGCAGCUCAUACAGCUCUGCUGUACCCAGAGAAUAAGGAAUACCUCACGAUCACAGCCCGAACCGGCUGGAAACACCUAAUGAGAAUGUUUGAGAUGGGCCAAGAAGUGAUGGAGCAGACAUGGUUUGAGACUGCCCGAGCAUAUGCAAAUCACGCAGCUGCUGAGUAGGCGAUGGCUACGGUGACAGCAGACUAUUCAAUAAAG